AUGGCCACAGAUGGUAUGGGGGCUAAUAUGCCAGCGAAAAAGGGCGACUUUCCUGGUGCAAAAAAUAUGCCUGAGAAAAACAAAACAGUGCAGUUAAAUGUCGGUUAUUCCGACCAAGAAAUGGAAAAAAUAAAGUUUGGUAUUAUUCCUCGAGAUAUGGAUGACAGAUGGUUUAUAUAUUACGGUGAAGACGAGGAAACCCUGUAUCUACAUCGCAGUUGGACUGGUUUUUGUGUGUACAUGGUGAAAUUUAAGAAUGUUGACAGUGGUUUUGCUGCUUUGAAUACUGUGGUUAAUGAAGAUCCAGAACA